AUGGCGUCUGGCGGGUUGAAGGCAUCAGGCCCAUGUAGGGGCGUCACCUCUCUGUGGGGGCAUCAGACCCUUGUGGGGCGUCUGGCCCGAGCGCAUGGCCCGAGCGCAUGGCCCAAGGUGGAGCGUAUGACCCAAGGUGGGGCAUCGGGUCUAUGUGGGGAUUCAUGUCCCUGUGGAGAAUUAGGCUCAUGGAAGGGGGCAUCAGGUCCUUGUGAGGGCAUCAAGCUCUUGUGA